CCUUCAUUAUCAUGACCUGGGUCGAAGUGAGAUGCAUAAGGCUCGUGAGGACUUCGUCAAGGCGAAGAUAAAACAACUGCAGCAAUAUUAUGCAGAGCUCGGAGACGAGACCGUUGUCUCCUACGAAGAAGAACAGACCAGUGAAACGGAAGACUUUAUACAGGAAUAUAAAAAACCUCAAUUGGAGAUGAGUGCGAGCCUGUUCAUAGCAACUGCCUUGGGUAUUACAGCCUUGGCAUUCACCGCGGCGCGUAUUAUCAUGAGACAGAGUUGUGUGUGAUGGGACUUCAGAACAAAUAUCUUCUUUCUUUUUUUUUUCCCCC